AUGGGAGUUAAAGAGCGGCCGAAGAAACCUUUCAAGUGGCAUUUUUUUAUCCUUCUUUUGGUGAACUUUCUCCCUUCGACUACGUCAGAAAACUUGCUGCAAGCGCCGAGAUUCACGACAUCGUCGUUGAGCAGCAGCAUCAUUAGAAUAGGAACGGCGAAAAUCGUGCAAUGUCAGGCGUACGGCAAUCCUCCGCCGCAAUUCAGGUGGUUAAAGGACGGCGUUCCCAUAACGGAAUUGUCUACCGACCCUUUUUACAAAAUAAUUUCCGCCAAAUUGGAGAACGGCGGAAGUUACCGGUGCAUAGCGGCCAAUAAAAUCGGCUCUAUAUUGAGCGAAGAAAUCAAAAUCGUAGUGGCCUACAUGGGCGUUUUCGAAAAUCAAAACGAACGCACAGUAACGGUCAGAGAAGGCGCCGCCGCCAUUUUGGACCUGCCGGAAAUCGAUUCGGUACCACCGCCGGAUGUGACGUGGCAAACGGACGAGGGAAUCACCCCUUACGGACAGAAAUACGCUUAUACCACCAAUAACCAAUUGGUUAUUUUAUCUACUGAACUUUCCGAUCAGAAAGCCUAUAGGGCCCGUGCAAUAAAUUCGCAAGAAGGCAAAGAGGAGAACAGCGCUUACACGAGACUGAUAGUCGAAGAAAUGAACGACGGUAAAGAAAUAGCCCCGGAAAUCAUAGUGGGCCCCAGGGACUUGAGAUUAGUCAAAGGAAUCCCCCAAACAUCGAUAGAUUGCAUAGCGAACGCGCGACCUUUGUACGAAUUGGAAACCUUGUGGUUCAAAGACGGCAUUCCGAUCGAAAGUACCGGAAUUUUGUACUCUUUCAACGACAUAUGGAACAGGACGUUGAUAUUGGCCUCUAUAAACACCACCUACAGCGGCCAGUAUGAAUGCCAAGUGAAUUUGAGAUCGGGAGGGUUUCCCGAAGCCAUCGCCUCAGCGCACGUGAGUGUUUUGGAGAAGCCGAAAUUCCUGAGCAUGGCGAAAUCGGAAACUUUGGGAGAAUAUUCGGCUUCUAUGAACUUGCCGUGCGACGUUUUGGGGAUUCCCAAGCCGAAUAUUACGUGGUACAAAAAUUCGGAAGAGCUGGAUUUAACUAACAAAAGGUACGAAGUACAGGAAGACAACGCGCUGUUGAUAAAAAAAUUGCUGAUUAGCGAUAACGGGAUGUACCAAUGCUUUGCUAGAAACGAAGCCGGAGAAAGCUCCCUUUCGACUUGGUUGAAAGUUAAAAAGCCGAGGAAAGUAAGAAGUUUAGCCGCUAAAAUAGUGAGAUUGAGAAGUUCGGCGGAUCGUCAUAAUAAAAAAACCUUUCGCUAUAUCGCCCCAUCGUCCACUCCUAUAAUGGAAUUCGGUCCGACAAAUAUGACCAUUCUAGACGGAAAAGAUGCUACUUUGACUUGUCGAGCCGUAGGGGCUCCCGUUCCGAACGUCACAUGGAUACACAACGGUAACAAAGAAGUGGUCACAUCCAGUCGAGUUCAGAUCCUGGAAAGCGGAGAUUUGCUCAUAGCGGCCGUUAAAGAGCAAGAUGCCGGGCUGUAUACUUGCAUCCGAUCGAACGAGGCCGGAGAAGUUCGAGGGUCUGCGUACCUGCAGGUUUUAGUUCGAACGCAGAUCGUUCAACCUCCGGUGGAUACGAGAGUACUCUUGGGUCAAACAGCCACUUUACAAUGCAAAAUUUCAUCAGAUUCCACAGUUCGCUAUCAAUUGGACUGGUUUCGUGACAAACAAUUAAUCAACCCGCACAGCAGCCAACGAAUAAGAAUUCUAACCGAUGGUACCCUCGAAAUCGAAGCCGUUCGAGCGUCCGAUGUUGGCUAUUAUACCUGCACUGUCCAGUCCCCGGGAGGCAACGACACCAGGUCAGCUAAACUUGCUGUGAUCGAACUACCCUUUGCGCCUACCGGCGUUAAAGCGGAGCGUUUAGAAAACGGAACUCAACGAGCCGUUAACGUAAGUUGGACGAGCGGUUUCGACGGAAACAGUCCCAUCAAGAAAUAUAUUGUGCAAAAAAGAGAGAUUCCCGAACUGGGUCCCAUUCCUGAUCCCCUUCUGAACUGGGUCACCGAGCUGAGUAACGUAUCGGCAUCGCAAAAAUGGAUCCUUUUGAAGAAUCUAAAAGCUGCGGCUGUUUAUCAAUUCAGAGUUAGUGCCGUUAAUAGCGUAGGGGAAGGACCUCCUUCAGAGCCUAGUAAUGAAAUUAUGUUACCGCAAGAAGCCCCAUCCGGACCUCCCGUGGGUUUCGUCGGUUCGGCGAGAAGUUCCUCGGAAAUCAUAACCCAAUGGCAACCCCCUUUAGAAGAGCACCGAAACGGUCAAAUAUUAGGCUACAUUAUCCGCUACAGACUGUACGGUUACAAAGAGAGCCCUUGGACCAUCAGAAACAUCACGAACGAGGCGCAAAGGAACUAUCUAAUCACCGAUUUGAUAACGUGGAAGGACUAUGUUGUCCAAAUAGCCGCCUACAACAACAAAGGCAUCGGCGUGUUCACCGAAGGGGCCAAAAUCAAAACGAAAGAAGGCGUCCCGGAAGCGCCGCCUAUCAUCAAACGAGUGGAAGCUUUGAAUUCGACUUCGAUACAAAUCUGGUGGAUUCCACCGAAUCCGCAGAAGAUCAACGGCAUCAAUCAGGGUUAUAAAAUCCAAGCGUGGCAAUGGCACCCAAUCAGAGGUAACAUCGAAACCAACAUGAUGACGGUACAUCCGAAUUUACUGGAUCCUUACGCCGAACAAACGGCAAUUAUGACGCAUUUACAGAAAUUCGCCGGUUACAAUAUCAGCGUGGUGUGUUUCACCGAUCCGGGUGACGGGCAAAUCAGCGAGAAAGUCAACGUGAAAACCAAAGAAGACGUUCCCGACGAGGUAACGAAUUUACAAUUCGACGAAAUCAGCGAUAGAGCAGUCAAAGUCAUUUGGCAACCGCCCAAAAAGUCGAACGGCAUAUUGCUGGGCUAUCGUGUGAAAUAUCAAGUCAAAGACGAUCCGAGUACCGUCAGAGUGAAGAAUUUAACGGCCGAUACGUUGAGCAUAAAGGUGAACGAUCUCCAAGCCACCACGCACUAUCGCUUCGAAGUAUCGGCCCUCUCCGCAAUCGGUUCGGGUCCAUCUAAAAUCGCCAUAAUACAAUCGGGCGUCGAACCGGUCCUGCCGCAUCCGCCAUCGAAAUUAGCUCUAUCGAACAUCGAAGCUUUCUCGGUCGUAUUGCAAUUCACGCCCGGCUUCGACGGGAAUUCCUCGAUAACGAAAUGGACCGUCGAAGCGCAAACGUCGAGGAACACGACGUGGUUCGUCGCCUACGAAAUCACCGAUCCCGACGCCACCACCAUCACCGUCACCGGUUUGGUGCCAUUCACCGUCUACAGAUUGCGAUUGGUAGCUAAUAAUGUAGUCGGCGCGUCCGUUCCAUCGGAAGCCACCAAGGAAUUUCAAACUAUUCAAGCACCACCGGCGUUUCCGCCUAAAAACGUUACGGUGAGAGCGAUGAGCGCCACCGAAUUGAGAGUUCGUUGGAUCCCUCUAUUGCAAGUGGAAUGGUUCGGGAAUCCGAGAGGUUACAACAUAACGUACACGGAAAUCCGUACGGGAUUCGCGCACAGUUCGACGAUCGAAGAUCACACGGCGAAUUCGCACGUGAUCAUCGGCUUGGAGGAGUUCGCUCUUUACGAGGUGAAAAUGCAAGCGUGCAACGACGUGGGAUGCUCCACGCCUGGACCCACGGCUUUGGAACGAACCCGGGAAUCCGUGCCGUCUUUCGGGCCGUUAAACGUCGAAGCCAACGCGACAUCGUCGACGACUAUCGUGGUGAAAUGGGGCGACGUGCCGAAGGAGCACCAAAACGGGUUGAUCGAAGGUUUUAAGGUUAAUUACGCGGCCGAAAAUAAAUCGCCUAUACUCUAUAAGCAAAUAGCGAGCAAUUCCACGUUUACGACUACGCUAACGGAGUUGAAAAAAUUCGUUGUUUAUCACAUACAAGUGGUGGCGUAUACUAGAUUGGGCGACGGGGAGCCCAGUAAACCGGCCAUCAGAGUUCGAACGUUCGAGGACGUUCCCGGUGCUCCGUCUAACGUUUCGUUUCCCGACGUUUCCGUGACGUCUGCGAGGAUAAUAUGGGACGUACCGGAGGAACCCAACGGUGAAAUACUCGCCUAUAAAGUCACUUAUCAUUUGGAUAACGUGAAAACGAACAACAAAUUCUCCAAGGAAUUUCCUCCGUCGGGUCGAACUUUCAGGUUUACGCAGUUAGAACCGGAAAAGUAUUAUUUAUUUUCGGUGACCGCCCAAACUCGCUUAGGUUGGGGUAAAACGGCGCACGUUCUCGUUUUCACCACCAACAAUCGCGAAACUCCACAACCGCCGUCGAUGCCGCAAAUAAGCAGAAGUCAAAUACAAAGUCAUCACAUCACGUUCAGCUGGACGCCCGGUAGAGACGGUUUCGCUCCGUUGCGAUACUACACGGUGCAAAAAAUGGAAAACGGCGGUCCGUGGCAAUCGCUACCCGAACGAGUCGAUCCGCAAUUAACUUCCUAUACGGUAGCCGAUUUGAAACCUUUUACUUUAUACAGAUUUCGAAUACAGGCCACUAACGAUAUAGGACCGAGUCAAUACAGUCCGGAAUCCGUAGAAGUUAGAACUUACUCGGCGGCUCCUAGUAAAGGCGUUACCGGUUUAAAAGCCGUACCGACUACGACGACCAGCGUCGAAGUACUUUGGGAACCGGUCAACGAACAUUACUGGAGCGGUGAUAGUAAAACUGGCGGUUACAGGGUGAUUUUUCAACCCGUUUCGGAUUUUCCUACAGCCCUUCAAGCAACACCCAAGGAAGAAAUAUUAGGAAUAAUGAAAAAUAAAAUCGUUUUGAGCGAAUUACAACAAGAUAGAAAUUACGAGAUAGUUGUGGUACCGUAUAACGCGCAAGGCGAAGGCCCCGCCAGUCCUCCAAUAACCGUUUACGUGGGAGAAGCGGUCCCGACAGGAGAACCGAGAAGUCUCGAAGGUAAACCGGUAUCCUCCACCGAGGUUAGUUUGAAAUGGAAACCGCCGCAACAGAACAUGCAAAACGGCGAACUACUGGGAUACAAAAUUUUCUAUUUGGUGUUGAAUUCACCGCAAGAAAUCGAACCGGGCAAAAAGUGGGAGGAAGAAAUCGAAGUGGUACCGGCCUCGACGACCUCUCACAGCUUAGUCUUCCUCGACAAAUACACCGAAUAUAGCAUACAAGUAUUGGCGUUCAAUCCGGCCGGCGACGGGCCCAGAUCGCGACCCAUCAGAGUGAAAACGUGGCAGGGUUUGCCCAGUCCACCCACGAAUCUCACCUUCUCCGAAAUCACCAUGAACAGCCUGAUGGUGUCGUGGAACCCGCCGAGAAAGAGGAACGGCGACAUCAUCAGUUACAUCGUAACGUACGAAACGGCCGUGGAAAACGACCGUUAUAGCAAGCAAGUGAAACAAAAAGUGACCACGACGUACCUGCAAGUACAAAGCUUAGAGGAGGAGGUGACGUACACGUUUAAAGUGAAAGCUCAAACGAUCGAUUGGGGACCGGCAGUGGCCAGUAACGUGACGACCGGUCCGCAAGACGGUUCGCCCAGCACGCCCAAAGAACUCACCUUGGUGAAGACCCUGUCGAGCAUCGAACUGAAAUGGUCGAACGGGGCGUCGGGGAAAGGUCCGAUUUUGGGUUAUUACGUGGAAUCGAGGCGAAAAGAUGACGUUCGUUGGCAGACGGUGACGAAAACGACGAACGGCCUCCUGCAGGAAUUCACCGUUUUAUACCAAAGCCUCCUUCCUUCGACUUCGUACAAUUUCCGGGUGAUUCCCUACAACAAAUUCGGUAUUAGUUAUCCCGCUUAUUCCGACGAAUCGGUUCUAACGCCGUCUAAACUCUACAUGGAGUACGGGUAUUUGCAGCACGCACCGUUUUAUAGACAAACCUGGUUCAUGGUGGCCUUGGCGGCCUUCUCAAUAAUAAUCAUCAUAACGAUCAUCGCGAUUUUGUGCGUGAAAAGCAAAAGUUACAAAUACAAACAGGAAGCGCAAAAAACGUUGGAGGAAUCGAUGGCGAUGUCGACCUGCGAUCAACAGGAACUCGCGAUGGACUAUUACAAUUCGCGCAACGGUUCUGCGAGCACCAACACGUUGAAUAAUCUCACGAAGAAGGGCACGUUGUCGCGAAAGCCGCCCCAUCAUCAUCAUCAACCACCGACCGUUUUGGGGAAAUCCCCGCCUCGUCCUUCACCGGCCUCCGUGCCGUACAAUUCCGACGAGGAGAGUCUCAAAGGAUACGACGAAAAUCCUGACGAUAGUAGCGUUACCGAAAAACCAUCGGAGAUUAGUUCGUCCGAUUCGCAGAUAACUCAAAUUCACGUGGAAUGCGGUUUGUAUCAAAAAGGUUCUGAGGACGAAAACGAGAGCGUCCGAUCGGAUCCCCAUUCGUUCGUAAAUCAUUACGCCAACGUGAACGAUACGUUGAGACAGUCGUGGAAACGCCAGAAGCCGGUACGAAACUAUUCGAGUUACACGGAUUCGGAGCCCGAGGGCAGCGCCGUUGUCAGUUUGAACGGGGGCCAAAUUAUUAUGAAUAACAUGGCGAGGUCGAGGGCGCCCCUGCCGGGGUUUUCGUCGUUCGUGUGA